GUUUUCCAGAGCCCGAGUGUACGGGGACAAGCUGGCCAUAGUGGACGACAGUGGGAGCCACAGCUACAGGGUGUUGUAUGGCAGUAGUAGGGGCCUGGCUGGGCGUAUCAAGGCAGUUUUGGACUGUCCCUCUGGGGACCUGCAGGGAAAGCGCAUCUCCUUCCUGCCAACGAUGCCUUGUACACAGUAGCCCAGUGGGCGUCCAGCUGCCCCCCAUCUCCAGCCUCAGCUGUCUUCUGGAAGCCCCAGAGACCCAGCCUGUGCCUGGCAUCACAGACUGGGCCCAGCGUCCUGCCAUGAUCAUUUACAUCAGCGGCACCACAGGCAGGCCCAAAGGGGUUCUCCACACUCACAGCAACAUUCAGGCCAUGGUUCAGGGUCUGGUGUCAGAGUGGGGCUGGUCCAGAGAUGAUGUCAUCCUUCACAUCUUGCCCCUGCACCACGUCCACGGCAUCGUCAACAAGCUGCUCUGCCCUCUCUGGGUGGGUGCCACCACCGUCAUGCUGCCUACCUUCCAGCCUCAGAAGGUAUGGGAGGUCCUGCUCAGCUCCAUGGCUCUUAUGGUAAAUGUGUUCAUGGCUGUUCCAACCAUCUACUCCGAGCUGAUCCGUUACUAUGAGCAGCACUUCACCCAGCCACACGACCAGGACUUUGUCAGGGCUGUCUGCAAGGAGAGAAUCAGGCUGAUGGUGUCUGGCUCGUCCGCCCUGCCACAGCCCACCCUGCUACGCUGGGAGGAGAUCACAGGACACACCCYGUUGGAGCGCUACGGCAUGACAGAGAUAGGCAUGGCCCUGUCCAACCCCCUGAAGGGUCCUCGCAUCCCAGGUGCAGUCGGUGUCCCUCUUCCAGGAGUGGAGGUUUGCAUCGUCAUGACGAAAGCAGCCAGCACCACCGUCGCCGAGGGCAACAGCAGAGAAACUCAGGUGCGUCCAGGGUUGGAGGGGAAGGAGGGGGAGCUGAUGGUGCGAGGAGACCAGGUCUUCACAGAGUACUGGAACAAACCAGAGGCCACCAGGGAGUCUUUCACUGAGGACGGCUGGUUCAAAACAGAGAGCACAUGGCUCCAUACACCAUCCCUACAGGCCUGGUCCUGGUGGAGGAGAUGCCCAGGAACCAGAUGGGGAAGGUCAACAAGAAGGACCUAGUCAAGCAYUUCUUCCCCACCUAACUAUUAGAGAAGCCUGCACCUCCUUCACGGCCCACCUCCUCCAUGACACCUCCCUCCARCAGGAGCAGAGACCCUMCUCAUACUACAGURAACCAUYGAGAUGWGCUCCAAGUGACUGACUCAYCAGACRGUGRUCUGGGGAAGAAUGAAGAGACCUCAUUGAGGAUCCCACUAACUACACCGCUGACCCCACUCAGCUCUGAGUUACCGUAGGACUGUUCACUGCUGGGCCUGGAGGCACUGAGCUCAACAGUGCUGUCUUACACGUGAUUAAACUGCUGUGGAGAUAUAUUUAGUUUGGCUGCUAUGACAGMGAACUGAUUUAAUACGAUAAGGCUGCGGUGCCUUCUUUAAAGACUGAGUGCUGCGAUCAUUAGCAUGACUGGGGWUCAUGACAUGAAUAAUUAUGCCAACACACAAGUACAUUAAGAAACCGUGAAAACGAUAAGAGCAGCAAGAGAUCCUUGACAUUAUACACAGAAGAAGAAGAAGAAGAGGGGAAUACAGUGCAUUCUUAAAUUGUUCAUAAUUACAAUCCAGAUGGAUGCCCUUGAAUUGGCAAUGAAGUUUAUUUUAAUGUAAUAAAAUGGAUGAUGUAUGGACA